AUGCACUUCAAAUUCUCUUCGACCUUCUUCCUCGUCUCCUCGCUUGCCUCCACAGUACUCUCAUGCCCCACUGCCACUGAGGGCAAAUUUGGCUUCGCGAAGCCCAAGUCCACUGAUCUUCGCGGUCCGUGCCCUGCAUUGAAUGCUCUUGCGAAUCACGGCUUCCUUCCUCGCGACGGCAGAAAUGUCACUAUCCGCCAAGUUCUCCAGGUGUCAAAAGGUAUCUUUUUUGUUCCUGCAUAUGCAUUCCUUUACUCAGUCCAACAACACAAAGAUAUCUACAACGUCGACUCCGCACUCCUCUUAGGUGUCGCCAAGUUGGGACUUCUUACGUCAAGCGAGCCUGACACGUUCACCCUUGACGACAUCAAGUUACAUGGUACCAUUGAGUUUGAUGCUUCAUUAUCACGCGAGGACUUUGCCGUCGGCGACAACUCCAAAUUCAACGAGUCGAUCUAUAGCACAUAUGCUAACUCUAACCCUGGUGUCUCUUUCUACAACGUGAACUCAACUGGCAAAGCAAUGUUUGACCGUCUCGCUCUGCAAGAGAAAAAGAACCCCCAGAUCACGAACACGGACAAGGAAAUCGGAUUCCGGUCGUUUACCGCAGCACUCCCUCUCGCUAUCUUCGGCAAUGUUACGACCGGUGUCGCGCCGAAGAAAUUCGUGGACAUCUGGUUCCGUGAAGAGCGCCUCCCUUUCGCUGAGGGCUGGGGCGUCCCCUCCUGCGCCAUCGAUACCAAAUCGCUCCCACCUCUUAUUGGCAGUGUUAAGACCGCGAGCCGCUGGACGUCGAGUGGUGGAUGUCCCUAUGUCAGGACUGGUGCCGGAGACGCCCCAACCUUGGACAGCAAGGCAAUCUGCAAGCAACUCGACGGUUUGACGAAGGGGAAGUAG